AUGUUGGCGCGGCUCUCGAAGGUGCACUGCUUCCUGUGGCGAGCCCAGGUGCUGCUGUUCUUCCUGGGCAUCGCCUACCUAAUGGCGGGCAGCAUUCUGCUCCUGCAGCGCUCUGGCCUGCGGGUCACGCAGACCAGCGGGGUCCCCUCCCUGUCCUCCUCCACCAAGCCCCCGCUGUCCCUGGUGGCCCCCCCCACCGUGCCCAGGGGGUCCGGCCUGAGCGCGAGGCAUCGCUCCCGGUGGGCCACCUACCAGGCCACCCCGGGGCCUGGGUCGGGGCCGGGGCCGGGCACGAGGGCCAGGCGACACUGGGCCGACUCCCGCGGCCUGGGGGCGCAGCACCUGCAGCACCGCUGGUUCCACGGCCUGCUGCCCGAGACCCUUGAGCAGAGGGGCGCUCAGCUCAGCAGCAGCGGCGGCAGCGGGAACUAUGUGGGCUGCUUCCUGCACGAGGCAGGGGACCGGGCCCUGGGGGGAACUAUCCUGUACGACCUGCGCAAGAUGACCAGCGCCCUGUGUCAGGACACCUGCGCCGAAAGUGGGUACCAGUAUGCAGGUCUAGAGUAUGGGGCCGAGUGUCACUGUGGGAACCGCAUCAGAAGCUCCCAGGCCCCCGAGGAGGACUGCAGUGUGAGCUGUCGCGGAGAGAGGGGCACCCCCUGUGGGGGAGUGGAGCGCCUCUCCAUAUACAAGGUGGAGCAACUCCCGGGACACAGGAAAUUCAGGAAUGUUUACUACAGCGGUUGCUUCAAGAUACCAAAGAGCACCAUCAGCGCCUUCCCCGUGGCCUCCCUCCAUCCCAAUCUCACCGUGCCAUCCUGCAUCGAGACCUGCACGGAUAAGGAGCUUCCGCUGGCCGUGUUGAAGACUCCCCGAUGUUUCUGCGCCGGGACCAGCUCUCUCUUCAGCCUCUCCCAGGAGCCCCAGGGACAGAUGUGUGGGAGGGACUCUGCUCUGAACCACACCAGCCUGGUUUCCCCCGCUACUCCCACAGCACCCACGCAGCAGGACUACUACCAAGUGUAUCACACGCCUGUCCUCGACUCGAGGUGCAAGGAAAGGACCUUUUUGCCACAACGCUCCAGCAAUCUGGUGGCUCUGUCCAGUUUCCCCGGGGCGGGCAACACCUGGCUUCGACACCUGGUGGAGCUGGUGACGGGAUACUACACUGGCAGCUUCUACUUUGACGGCACGCUGUACAACAGAGGCUUCAAAGGGGAGAAGGACUACUGGAAGAGCGGCCGGAGCAUCUGCGUGAAGACCCACGAGAGUGGACAGAGGGAGAUCGAGAUGUUCGACGCGGCCAUCCUGCUGAUCCGGAACCCGUACCGGUCCCUGAUGGCGGAGUUCAAUCGCAAGUGCGCCGGGCAUUUGGGCCACGCGACGGACACACAGUGGAAGAGCAAAGAAUGGUCAGAGUUCGUAGCGAGCUACGCCCCCUGGUGGGCAUCCCACGCGCUUAGCUGGCUGAAGUUUGGCCAGCGGCUGCUUGUAGUGCACUACGAGGACCUGCACAGGGCGCUGUUCCCGCCGCUGCGCCUGGUCACGCUGUUCCUGAACGUUACCGCCAGCGAGGAGAGGCUGAUGUGCGCGCAGAGCAACCAAGACGGCCACUUCAAGCGCUCCGGUGUAAAGCGGCCGUCCUUCGACCCCUUCACGGGGGACAUGAGACGGCUGAUUGACUCCUUCGUCAGGUCCGUGGACCAGGCUUUGCUUGACAGGAACCUCACGGGACUUCCACAGGAAUACCUACCCAGAUGA